AUGAUUUGGUGUCGUCUGUUGUGUAUUCUGACGUUGCUGCUGAGUGUUGCUACUAUAUGCGCAUUAGCGGAGACGAUUUCCCCUGAUCCUGAAAAGGAACCUGCUGCUUGCACUGAAGAUUCUGAACGUUCUGAUGGUGAAUGUCAUAAUCGUUCUCCUUCUGCUGUACAACCACAUCAAGGACCACAAGCACCUCCUCUUCAAACCCGUGAAUCUGAUACGAGUCCCUCUUGCGAAACCGGUACUGGUGAUACUACUGUUGAUUCCUGCACUGCUAGUACUACGAGUGCUCCAGGUCAUCAAGGUGGUGGUAUUUCUAACCAUGGAUCCGGGUCUGGUGCUGGUGUCGGUGCUGAGGAGAGUGUAAACCAAGAACGGUUGAAUCAAGAACAAAAACAACAACAGCAGGAUACUCUUUCAGGUCAACAUGGUAGUUCAACCAGUAGAGACCCAUCGGUGAGUCAACCAAGUGUGCCAGGGUCAGGAGGUGAAGAUGGACGGCAGGAGAAUGGGAAUAGUGUCGAUCAAGGGAUGAGGACUGAAGGAUCAACAACACGUCCAGUGGGCAUUGGAGAGACUGAUCACACUAACGGAACUCAACAGCCCGAAGGGAAUGGUGUCCAGUCUCCCUCACAAUCCUCAGGGGCAGCUAAUACCGAUUCACCUGAUUCUCAGAGUACCCACAGCGGUACAACAGAACAACCUCAGUCUUCGGACAACAACCAAACUUCUCAAGAACCGAAUGGUGCAGCUGAGAAUUCUAAUGCUGUUACGAAGCCUGCAGAGGAUGAUUCAACAAACGGGACUGAAAGUACAACCAAUAAUGAGGACUCAACCACCACCACAACAACAACAACACUUCCUCCUGAACUCACAAACAACAAGAAGGGUGAUGCAGAUAGCAGCAGCAGUAUCAGCAGAUCUGUGUGGGUGCGUGUACCACUACUGAUUGUGGUUACACUGGCCUGUAUUCUUGUGUGCUGA